GACAUAGCUACAACAAAAAUAGCAUCAGUUGUCGCCCUCGUUUAAGGCUCGUUCCUUAUCUCCGUUCUUCUUCCAACUUUCUUGACUCUUCUUCUCUGUUCUCUGAUCAUUAAGACGAACAAUCAGGGGGCAUCUUUUUUAACUUGCUUAAGUAGGGAAGCGAAUCCACAUCCAACUAGAGUCACACCAUCACAACAUCAACAACAACAACAACAACAACAACAAACGAGAGCAAACAGCAAGCAUUUCUAAGACCUUCAGUCUGCACCUCGACAACAUGGAAGCUACAGCACCUUCAGAAACACCCACUCAGAAGCCCGGAGCUAUGAAAGUCAUCAUUGCCGGUGCAGGCAUAGCAGGCCCAUCGUUGGCAUUACUUCUGAGCCGUCAGGGUCACCACUGCACCAUCAUUGAACGAUCUCCUGGCCUCCGAGCAAAGGGCCAGCAGAUUGACAUUCGCAAAGAGGGGGUCGAAGCCGCGAAGCGACUGGGCAUCUUUGAGGAGGUCAAGAAGCAUGUCGUCGAAGAGGGCGGCAUGCAAUUCGUCAACUCGCAGGGCAAACAAACAGCGUGCUUCCCCAAGAUGGAUCCCAAAGACGGCCAGCAAGGCUUUAGCAGCGAGUAUGAAAUCAUGCGCGGCGACUUGUGCAAAAUCCUUCACGAUGCUACAAAAGACGACGUACAAUACCGCUUUGGCUUGGCCAUUACCGAGUAUGAGAACCAAGAAGACCGAGUCAAGGUGACCCUUUCCGACGGCUCCGUGGAGGAGUGUGAUAUGCUUGUUGGUGCAGAUGGCCAGAGCUCUCGAAUCCGCAAGAUGAUGCUCCAGGAUGAGCCACCAGAGGUUAACAAGACGCGAGAUUUGGGUCUCUAUGUUGCCUACUUUACAAUCCCUCGUCGAGAUGAUAGCUCCGACUUUGGCACCGUCUACACUGCCGACAAACGCCGCCAGAUUCUGACCAGAUACCAUAGCAAGACACAUGGUCAAGCAUAUUUUGGUACCAUGGAGAAUGGCGAGGAGAUCCUGGCCGUGCUCAAAGAAGACACCACCAAACAAAAGGAACUGUUUGCCAGGAUUUUCAAGGACGCCGGCUGGCAAGCUGAGCCCUUGAUUAAGGACAUGAUGGCAUCUGAGGACUUCUUCUGUCAAUCCACGACGCAAAUUCAGACCACCAUCUGGUCAAAAGGACGCGUUGUUCUUUUGGGUGAUGCAGGCUACGGCCCAACUCCUCUAACUGGCAUGGGUACCAGUCUUGCUCUCAUGGGUGCUACAAUCCUUGCUGGAGCCAUUGGCAAACACCAAGGUAACCUGCAAGCUGCGUUUACAGAGUACGAUAAAGUACUUCGACCCGUUGUGGAGAAGACGCACCAAAUUCCUGGCUUGCUUCCAGGGAUUGUUUAUCCCAAGACUAAAUUUGGUGUAAAGGUGAUGAACCUGCUUCUUGGCACAGCAACAUCAAUUGGCCUAGCCAAGAUGAUUCAGGCGACGACCUUGAAGAAUAAAGACGAAUUCAAAUUGCCAGAGUACAAUGAGGUCUCUGCCUGAAACCAAAAAGAAAUACACAUUACAAUUGAAUUGAAUAUAACAAAAGGCAACUCUCUACUUAAUCUAGGCAUACACAGCUUCUAUAUCACAGCUCUAUCUAAUACAAGAAUAAUCACCACGAACAUCACCACCUUGUUGACCAUCCAA